AUGGAGAUACUGGAGGCCUUGACGGCAGCCCAAAUUAAUACGUUUACGAAGGUGUUGGAAAAGGCCCAACGGAUAGAGACUGCCAGGGCACAAGUGAGAAAUUUCCACGCUAAGCGGAAAGGGGUACCUAGUGGAGGCCAAGGGUCAGUGCGGAGUGAUCGGAGCAUGCCACUUGCUAAAUCCGGUCGUGGGGCUGGAGGUGAACGGUUUUCGAGUGCGCCGAGGGGAGGUGCUCCGAGAGGAGGUGCCCAGAGUGGAGGCCAAAGUGGUAGGGGGCAAGGUAGAGGAAUUUCACAGGGAGGACAGACCUCCACUCCCCGAGUAACGUGCGAAUAUUGUGGGAAACCGAACCAUACUGAGGAUGAGUGUUGGAGAAAGGCUCGGAAGUGCCUAAGGUGUGGAUGUACGGAGCACCAAAUAGUCAAACUGCCCGUUGAUCAGUGA